AUGCAGCAUCUGAACCCCAAUAGCAUACUCGACUUUCCACGCGAUUAACUAUCAGCAUGCCGAUAAUCAAGCCUGUCAACGCUUCUCCUGGACCGCCCCAGCAGCAUAAACAACCUUCACGAAAGGGAAAGAAAGCAUGGCGCAAGAAUGUCGACGUCACGGAGAUUCAUCAAGGCCUUGAAGAAGUGCGGGAAGAAUUAAUCAAAGGUGGUGUAAUUGCUGAGAAAGAGUCAGCCGACCUGUUCACCCUCGAUACUGCUGGCGAUGUUGGCAUUCAGAAGAAGUACCUGAAAGGAUCCAGACCCCUCAAAGCCGACGAAAUUAUUGCCCAGCGAUCGGUUGUGCCCUCAGUGUCAAUGAAAAAGCGAGCUGGUGAAAACACUACAGACGGCAUCAUCCAGCCCAAGCGGCAACGAACAAGCUAUGUUUCCCAUAGGGAGCUUACUCGACUACGUAACAUCGCCGAUGGCAGACAGAGCGAGUCGCUGGUCGAAGUGACAGAAGCCAACUACGAUCCGUGGGACCUGCAAAAAGAUAUCGAAGAGGCAAAACAAGAUCCGCGAUUCUCUUUCCUAGAGAAGUCCAAGAAGAAAGUUGCCCCUUCAACAUUAAAGCACAAACCCAUUUCUUUGGCGGCAAGCGGAAAGAGCAUACCUGCAGUCAAAAAACCAGAAGGUGGCUACAGUUAUAAUCCUAUUUACGAGGACUAUGAGAAUCGACUAGUCACUGAGGGCGAGAAGGAGCUUGCAGCGGAAGCGAAGCGUCUUGCAGCCGUAGAAGCCGAGCGUGUAAAACUCGAAGCAUCAGCAAAAUCAGCAGCGGAGGCGGAAGCAGCAGAGGCAAGAGCAGACAUGUCAGAAUGGGAAGAAGACUCUACUUGGGAGGGUUUCGAGAGCGGUACUGAAGGUGUAAAGCUGAACGCUAAAAGGCCCGAGCGAAAGACGCAAGCCCAGAGGAACAGGAUCAAGCGCCGGAAAGAAGAAGAGAGAAAGGCGAAGAUGGCUGCGGACAUCAAGAGAAAGAAUGAGCAGACUGCACAGGUCAAGAGGAUUACGAAGGCGCUGGCCGAUAAGGAGGCCAUGAAGGCAAUUGUUGCGGAGAAUGAUGAUGAUAGUAGCGAAGGCGAUGAUCUGGAAUUGAGACGAAGAAAGCUGGGAAAGAUCGCGUUACCUGAGCGGGACCUGGAGCUCGUUCUCCCAGAUGAGUUGCAGGAAUCAUUGAGGCUGUUGAAGCCAGAAGGUAAUCUAUUGAAGGACAGAUAUAGGAGUCUUCUGGUAAGAGGUAAAGUUGAAAGUCGGCGACCCAUCAGCUUUGCGAAGAAGCCAAAGAGGAAGGCGACUGAAAAGUGGACUCACAAGGACUUCAUGUUGCAUUGAAGCAGAUGUAUGGAUAGUCAGAGACCACAAAGCGUAUUCUGUAUCGAGAUCAAAUACUGUAACCACGGUUUCAGAGGUUGCCACGUUCAUGUGUUUGAUCCGGCCAACUUUGGCUGGACCACUGUGCUCAGUGUGACUGAAGAUUAUAAAGAUUCAUGUACUGGAACGUUAACUCAACUGGACUUCUGGGAUCCAGAAAAUCCAAGGUCUACGUACGCUGAACUAUCGACUAGCAUGUGAAUCCAUGGGGGAGAGAAGCCCUCCGAGCAAAGCGUCUUUGGAAUCACGAAGUGCCUCACUCUUUCACCACCUUAACUGCACUGUUCAAGCCCGGUUCACUAGCUCUUUCGACCAAAUAUCAAAAUGGGCAUAAGUAGAGUCAGCACUG